GAACAAAGCUUCAAAGCCUCCUCUAUUCUUGGAACUCAACGAGACCCUCCAUUUCUCUCCCCUCUCACAAUCUCCCCCUCUCUUCCUCUCUCUCUCAACCAGAGGGCUGGAAAAGAGAAAAUCAUCAAUGGGGAGCUACAAGAAAGUAAAGAAGCAAAAGAAAUCGCCAGACACCACAAAAGAUGAACUCGGUAGCUAUAAUUACCGGAUGUUCAAUUUUUUUAACCGGAAAUUUAAGAUCACGGAGGCCGAGCCACCAGCUGAUGUUAAAGAAAUUUUCGCCAAGUUUUCAGGUGGCCAACGCCAAAUGAGUGUGGAGCAAUUUCGCCGGUUCCUUGUGCUUCACCAAGACUUGAUGGAUUGCACCUUGGCAGAUGCUCAGAGAAUUGUGGAGGAUUUAAUUAAAAAGAGACACCACGAAACCAAGUACAAAAACAGACGUGGGUUUACUCUUGAAGAUUUUUUUCAUUUUUUGCUUUUUGAUGACCUCAAUGGACCCAUCAUUCCUCAGGUACACCAUGAUAUGACUGCUCCAUUGUCACAUUACUACAUAUAUACAGGACAUAAUUCCUACCUGACUGGUAACCAAUUGAGCAGUGACUGUAGCGAGGUCCCAAUUAUAAGAGCUUUGAAAAGGGGUGUAAGGGUAAUUGAAUUAGAUUUAUGGCCAGGUUAUACAAAAGAUGAGAUUCUUGUUCUGCACGGAAGGACAUUGACUACUCCAGUGCCAUUUGUCAAAUGCCUGAAGGCCAUAAGAGACUAUGCUUUUGUUAGUUCUCCAUACCCGGUCAUUAUAACUUUAGAAGACCACCUUACACGAGAACACCAGGCAAAAGCUGCAGAGUUGGUCACUCAAACAUUUGGAGGAAUGCUGUAUUACCCUCAGUCUCAGUCAGCUGGCUUAGUUGAGUUCCCUUCUCCAGAAUCAUUAAAACAUCGAAUAAUUAUAUCAACCAAACCACCGAAGGAGUAUCUUGAAUCUAGUGGUAUCAAGAGGAAAGGUUCUGCAGGGGGAAAGAAUUCAUCUGAAGAAGAAGAAGAAGAAGCAGAAGCAGCUGGGCUUGAGGCUGAUGGUAGGAGUGAUAAUGAUCAAGAUGAUGAAGAAUUUGACAAUAAAUCAGAAGCAGCUCCUGAAUACAGACGUCUAAUCACGAUCCACGCUGGGAAACCAAAGGGUGCCCUAAGGGACACGUUAAAGGUUGCAGUUAAUCAAGUUAGACGCCUUAGUAUGAGUGAACAGGAAUUGGUAAGGGCUGCCACAUAUUAUGGAGCGGAUGUAGUGAGGUUUACACAGGAGAAUAUUCUAAGAGUGUAUCCUAAGGGAACACGAAUCACCUCAUCUAAUUACAAACCUCUUAUUGGGUGGAUGCAUGGAGCUCAGAUGAUUGCAUUUAAUAUGCAGGGAUAUGGAAAAUCACUUUGGUUGAUGCAUGGGAUGUUUAGGGCCAAUGGAGGGUGUGGUUAUGUUCUAAAGCCUGAUUUUCUAACGCAAAAAGGCGAUGAGCAUUUUGAUCCUAAAAGAACACUAUCAGUGAUUAAGACUUUAAAGGUGAAAAUGUAUUUGGGCGAUGGAUGGCGGUUGGAUUUUAGCCACACAUACUUCGAUGCAUACUCCCCACCGGACUUCUACACCAAGGUUUACAUUGUUGGGGUACCGGCUGAUUGUGCCUACAAAAAAACGAAGAUAAUCGAGGACAACUGGGCUCCAGUUUGGAACCAGGAGUUCACCUUCCCGUUGACGGUUCCUGAGCUAGCUUUGCUUCGCAUUGAAGUACGAGAAUAUGACAUUUCCGAAAAGGAUGACUUUGGUGGCCAAACAUGUUUACCUGUCUCAGAGAUAAGACCAGGGAUCCGAUCGGUCCCUCUUCAUGAUAAGAAGGGAGAGAAGUUUAAUAAUACAAGGCUUCUAAUGAAGUUUGAGUUUGUAUAAACUUGUAUGCAAGGUACACAUUUUUCCCCUGAAUGGAUGUAUACAGAGAGGUAAUUAGUUGAAAUGAAAUCAUCAUCAAAGAGCAAUUUUCUCCUUUUCAUUUACUUGGAUUGAAGCUAUGAUAGUGAAUUUUGUAAGCAAUUAAUUUUGUUCCCCAGUAUGUCAGUGAUAUCAAACCAGGCAAUCUAUCUUUAUGAUCAGUUGUGGUCACUUCUAAAAGCA